GACGGCUGGGAAUGACGGAGUUUACUCUUUCAACUUCAGAAACCAACACCUUCUCUGGCGUACGUGUACCAACAUGAGCGUUAAAAGGAUAAUAUAAAAGUUGUUAAACAUGACGUGCAAACUGUAGGUGAGUUUUUUAGGGAGACGCAAAGAGGUUGUCGGGGCUGCUGUCCGCUGUGGACUCAAACAUGGAUGUCCGGGGAGCAACGGUGCGGCUCUGAGGAGGAAUUAAGGCCGUUUCUGGGUUAUUUCUGGCUGUAAAGAAUCUCUGACGGAGCUAAAGGGGAUUUCAAAGGUUUAAAACUCACUCUAAAAGUGAAUCUGUGAGCAGCUGUGACAGACUAUUAGCAAAGAUGUUGAGGCUAUGGAGGCGAGACGUCCCGCUCUCAGAGAGGCUUGGGGAGGACUCUCCUCUGGCUGCGGCACCAGGGCCCCCACCCACAGCAGCCCUGACAGGUGGCCCUAACAUCUCCUGGCUCCCUGAAGCCCCUCUGCUGAGCUCAGAGCAGCCCAUCUUCCUCAUGACUCCUGCUGCACAGGCUGUGUCUGGCUUCUUCGUAUGGACAGCACUCAUCCUCACCUGUCACCAGAUCUACAUGCACCUACGUUUCUACAGUUCACCGAGGGAGCAGCGCCACAUCGUACGGAUCCUCUUCAUCGUUCCCAUUUAUGCCUUUGACUCUUGGCUCAGCCUCCUCUUCUUCACCAACGACCAGUACUACGUCUACUUUGACACCGUCAGGGACUGCUACGAAGCGUUUGUAAUUUACAACUUCCUGAGUCUGUGCUAUGAGUACCUGGGAGGUGAGAGCGCCAUCAUGGCAGAGAUCCGAGGGAAACCCAUCGAGUCCAGCUGUAUGUACGGUACCUGCUGCCUGUGGAGGAAGGCCUACUCCAUCAGCUUCCUGCGCUUCUGUAAGCAGGCCACUCUGCAGUUCUGCGUGGUCAAACCGCUCAUGGCCAUCAUCACCGUCGUCCUGCAGGCGUACGGCAAAUACAAAGACGGAGACUUCAACGUUGCCAGUGGUUACCUGUACAUCACCAUCAUCUACAACAUCUCCGUCAGCUUGUCACUGUACGCCCUGUUCCUCUUUUACUUCGCCACGCGGGAGCUGCUCAGCCCUUACAGCCCGAUGCUCAAGUUCUUCAUGGUCAAGUCCGUCAUCUUCCUCUCCUUCUGGCAGGGCUUGCUGCUGGCUAUCUUGGAGAAGUGCGGCGCCAUCCCUCAGAUUAACUCAGUGGAGGUGUCCGUCGGCGAGGGCACGGUCGCCAACGGUUACCAGAACUUCAUCAUUUGCAUCGAGAUGUUUUUCGCGGCGCUGGCCUUGCGCCACGCGUUCACGUACAAAGUCUACAUGGACAAAAGUCUGGAUUCUCGAGGCCGCUGCGCCCCCAUGAAGAGCAUCUCCAGCAGCCUGAAGGAGACCAUGAACCCGGGCGACAUGGUCCAGGACGCCAUCCACAACUUCUCCCCGGCCUACCAGCAGUACACCCAGCAGUCCACCCUGGAGCAGGGGGCCCCUCCGCCCGUCUCCCGCACCCUCAGCGUCAUCAGCGCCCGCGGCGACACAGAGAAGACCCUCCUGCUCAGCUCCGACGACGAGUUCUAGGAACGGGAGACAUCAUAAGAAAGGGGCGCCGGUCUCACAGCUGAAUCAGACUGAUGUUUUUUAAGGCAGAUGGAAAAGUACUUAAUCGUCCAGCGCGGCCCCGUCCUCUUCAACGUGUGAAUGAUCAGAGAGUUGCGUGUUUGUUUGGGUUUUUUUUUUUUUUCCCUGUUUUUGAGCCUGAUCGAAAGCGAGGGCCUUCCUUCGUAAACAUUUCUGCACCCACAUUUCCCCAGAGUCACAUUCAAAGCUAAUUUGGUGUUAAAAACCGUCGGCCAUAAAAUGAAAAAGGUUGUGUCUGUUUUAGGAAAGUUUGUGAGUCACGCACAGUCGCACGUACUGAAUCAUACUUGACUUUUGAAACUUGCAUUUCCUGGCUUGGAUAGAAGCUCGGUCUUGUUUCCUUUUGCCCAAAUGUGUUCCUCCGAGGCGACAAAGUAAUCCUAUUGGAUGUUAUUCUUAGUUUGAAGGCCCUGUUGUUCUCACAUGGUCAUUCAAUGUGUUUAUCAAGGUUUCCAGUCAUGAAAGCUCAAAGUUGAAUUACAAUUUUUUUCCUAUGACUGGAAAUGGAAAAUUUCAUUAAAAUUUGAAAAGUUUUGUGAAUUUAGGUAUUCAUUUAUAAAUGACAAAUUUAGCUCAUAAGUUUUGCUUCAAACACAAGAUGUUUUCAAUGUCAUGGCAGUGUUGUCGCUCAGUGGUACGAAGUUAAAGAAAAUGUACAUAGAUCAGUUGUAAAUAAAGUGGGCCGACCCCAGCGUAUCGCUGCAUUUUAAGGGACGCAUUCACAGCAGAGUGGGGUCUGCUUUUUAAAGGGAAACCAAGCUCACGUCAUGGUUGUAUGGAUCAAUGUGUUGUUGAUAUUGAUGGAACAGAUGAGAGCGAGACAGAGCAGAUUAUAGAUUAUACAGUUCAUCUGAUCCAACAAGAGUGAAGGGGCCAGAGCUGGGCAGGAUUACGCCGGUGUAAUUGGGGCGUUAUUUGAACGGGUGGGAUUAAAGCUUGUGCCGGCUCACUGCUGUAGACCUCUGCAGGCCACAAUGUAGGUUAACUGGAUAGAGAGGAAAACGGUAGAGGAAUAGAGGUUAAAGCUAACUUGCCUGUAGAGCUCUAUCACAGGAAUUAAGCCGUCCUUUUGUUCAUAUAGAAAAGACAAAAGAUGCUAAAAGGCAGUUGGUUUUGACAUUUACGGUUGAACUGACAUUAAAAUGUUCACUUAUCAUGCAGCAGCUGACUGACAUGUGAAGGCUGCUGCUGUAACUUCAGUGAUACAUUACUAGCUGGAGCACAUUGUAGCCCACAAAUGCUGAUACAAGCAUAUUUCUUUUCCCUUUUUCAAACCAGUCCACACAUGUCGGUCAUGUUAGAUUAGCAAAUCUCAUCUGUCACUUUACAACAUUCAAACAUUUGGGGCUUCGUCAGGCUGCGUUUAACACCAAGGAGAUAUGUGCUGAUUUAUGUUAUUUCAGUUCAACUAUAAAUGUGUGUGAAUAGUUUUGAUUUAAAAAAGCCAUGCAUCUCACAGCCUGACUUCCUUGAAUUAUCUGGGAAUUGCUAAAAAUCCAUCAAAUCGAGCCAGUUUUCUGCUUUCGCGCUCACACGCUCGCUGUAAUAACUUCUUUAUCUGCCUGUCAGGUUUCAGUAUUGCUAAAGUUUUUUUUCUUGUGAGGGCCCAAGCCGUCAGUUUAACUACCUUUUUGCACAUUAUACAGACCUUAUCCUGAGCUCUUUAAUAUAUGAAAGCUAAAAAAAAGUAUCUAAAAACUUGCAACACUGUUGCAUCUCUUUGACAUCUCUCCUGCUCUUCCAGUCAGUCUUUCUUUCUGUUUGGUUUAAUUCCACCGCAGUCGGAGCUGUUUUUACUCAUAAUUGGAGUUCUUGAGUCAUCUUGAGUGAGUCAUGCCGAGUCUGCUGACGUGUUUACUGUAACUACUUUCACUGCUCUGCUAUGACUGUGCAUGAACACCAGAGGGACGUGUGGAAAAGACACAUUCACUGUUAUCUGCAAGCAGGCAGGCAGGCAGGCUCCUUAACACUUCCAGCUUGAUGCAUGUGUAACAGGAAGAGAAAAAGAAGAGCUUUUGUCCGAGCAACACUUUCACUGUCACUUUCGUAUCUUCUCAUCACUUUGGUGUGUGUGUGUGUGUGUGUGUGCGUUUUGUUCUUUUAUAUUUUUGCCUGACAUAGUUUUAAACAGGAGAGAAGCCACGUCUGUGCACAGGAGAACUGGCCUUUUUUUAGACAUCGCUUAGUGUUGUCUGGAUAAUUGGUUUGCUGCAGUUUGACACAGAUACAAAAUGUGGAUUGCAUCUAUCAUGACCGAGCAAAAAACACCCUGUAUUACUUUAUAGCAUGUAUUGUGAAUCUGGUAGUGUGCUUCUUUAAUUUUGAACUUUUAUUUUUGUGCUAUAAAAAAAGCAAUUUUCCUACAUAUUUUCUUAUCAGGGUGGAAAUUGUUUCAGUGAAGCUCCUAAAGGCAGUUUGUCUUGCCUGAUGUUGCCUGAUAUUAUAAUAACAGUAAUGUAGACAGCAUGUCCAUGUUACCGCACUUUGAAUGCCAUAAUUUCACUUUUGAAGCUGCCUCUUUCUCUACUUUCAACAUGGUUUGGUGACGUGUUACAUGAUCUUAUGAGAUGUAUAUGGAUAUCGCUGAGGAAAUGCUGUAGACUAACAUUGUAUAUGAAGUUUUAAGUGCUGUCUACAGGUGGAAUAAUAGUGAUGUAUGUUGAAAUAAUUAUAUAUGCUGUAAACAUUGAGCACAGGAAAAACAUAGUUUUGUACUUUUAAUUCAUAACUUUUUUUAUUAUUAUUAUUUCAAUGACUGUUUUGGUUUCUAGUCUUGUAUAUUAUGAAGCUGCUCAUGAUGCUACUGUUUCAUGUCAAAGGAUAAAUAUCUGGAGAAAUAAUAAAAGAUGUUUAGUCAAGUAUUUAUGUUUACUCAAACUUUUCUUUUGUU